CACAUUUAAUUAAGCGUCACUUAGACCGUUAGGCUUCAUACCUUACACUUUACAAAUCACACUUGUCUGGUAUAUUUUGUUUACCGUACUCACGUUUUUAGGGGAAAAUGCAUUACCUCACUUCAUUUUCUUUAAUUAUGGGUAUCGUUGGUGCUUUGAUUGUAAGGAGUGAUUGCCAAUGUAGCUGCACUGAUAUAGAAGUCACUAAACAUCUCCUUCUACAAGAGAUGUACAAAUUACGUUCUGAAAUGCAGACGGCAUCUAAAGAAACAGACUCAACAAAAGAUAUGAACGCCCGUGUUGAAAUACUUGAGCAACGACUUUUCGAUUUUGAUAAUGCGACCUGUAUUAAAGAGAAAGUUGAUAUGGAUGGAAAUGCUCAAACUGGCAAAACAAUGAAGGAGAAAAGACUGAAAAUUGAAUCUGUCGUGCGACAAACUUUGAAAAAUGAGAAAGCUGAAAGAUUGAAAUUUUUCAAUACUAUGAAAACCCAAAUUGAAAAAGUGGAUGAAAAAGUCCAAAAAACGGAAUCAAUGCUGGAAAUUAAGAUUAACAAUGUUGUGACAGAUGUAAAAGAAAUUGUAAAUAAGGAACUUUCUGCCAUUGAUUUACUGAAAACUAAUGUUGCAAAUGUUCUAAAAGAGGUAGAAAUGUCCAAUAUGGCUAUUUCGAAGCUUCAAGGCCAACAUCAAGAACAUCUUGAAAUUUCUGAGAGGCGAUUCAGUAUUGUUCAAAAACAGUUUUCAUGCCUGGACGACACAUGGAAAAAAUAUGGAAAAAAGUGUUAUCGAUUUGUGAAAGAAGCAAGCACAUGGGAUGACGCCAAAGAGAAAUGCAGAUUGAUCCACGGCGACCUUGUAAGAAUAGAAAACAAAGAAGAGAAUGAUUUUAUAAUGGAUAAUAUCCUGGGAGGGAAAUAUGGUUUCUGGAUUGGACUGGAUGACACGCAGAAUGAAAAUAACUGGCAAUGGAGGUCAUCAGAAGGAACACAAAAACUUGGAAAUUUUUCAAGCUGGGCUCCUGGCGAGCCUAACGAUAAGUUCGGGGAUGAGGAUUGUGGAAUGAUAAUUGCACAAGACGUUCACGAUAACAAAGGACUAUGGAAUGACGACCAAUGCUCAAAAAAGCAUUCAUACGAGGGCUGUUCGAUAUGUAUUGUCUUUGCACGUGAUUCUCGCUUUUAGCGCUUCCCACGUGGGUAAUUUGUGUUCUGACCGAUAGAGCGAAGCAUAACGAAAAAAUCAAUACCAAA